AUGGCGGAAGAGCUCCUUUUAUGUAAUGUUAUCGAUAGAGAAAGUUAUGAUGAAAUCAUAUCAAUCCCUGAUUCUCAGGAGAAGAUGAGGGCGCUCUAUCGUGGGCCUUUGAAAGGAGUUCAAGCAAAAGAAAUAUUCUGCAAAAUCCUGAAAGAAAAUGAGCCACAUCUGAUCAGUGAUAUUGAUGAGAACGUCAUGGAAAAAGUGCAAGUAGAAACAAUGACGACUAAGAAGAUGCUUUUUGAAACGUUGAAUGAUUUGAGUUCAGAGGAGCUUCAGACAUUCAAGUCACUCUUUGAAUUGGAGAAAGGUUUCCCACUCUCACCAAGGAGACUACUGGAAAUGGCAAACACACAGGACACAGUGGAGCUGAUGGUGGAGACGUACAGCCAUGAGUGUGUGGAGUUGACCAAAAAGGUUUUAAAGAUGAUGAACAGGACUGAUCUGGUGCAGAGAUUAUCAGACAUCAGCUCAGGGACCAAAGAGAAACAGCAGCCUUCACUGAUCCAGAGAGUUGAAACGAUGGCGUCUGUUAUAGAGCUGCUUUUAGAAACACUGAAAGAGUUGAGAGACGGAGAGCUCCAGAAGUUCAAGAAGGUCCUCGUGAGUCAAACUGACUUCUACAGACAUUUCUCAGACGCCCCAUGGAUGCAGCGGGAGUCAAUAGACAGACAGGACAUAGUGUUUUUAGUGGUGCUGACCUACAACCAACAGUCUGUGGAGAAGACCAAGGAGGUUUUAAAGAAUAUAGAGAGGACUGAUCUGGUGCAGAAGUUGUCAGACAGCAGCUCAGCACCCAAAAAAGAACACUCUGUGGAUGAACACCUGUCUGCACUGAUCCACAAAGUGGCAACAAUGAGUGCUGUUAAAGAGCUGCUUUUGGAAACACUCAGAGGUUUGAGUUCCGAGGAGCUAGAGACAUUCAAGUGGUUGCUGAAGUUCACGAUCUUCCAGAGGGGCGUUCCAAACACCUCAUGGAGAGAACUGCAGUUGCCUGUUGGGGCAGAUAAACUGGUGGAUGUGAUGCUGGAGAUCAUCGGUCAACAAUCUGUGGAGAUGACCAGGGAGGUUUUAAUGGAGAUGAAGAGGACUGAUCUGGUGCAGAAGUUGUCAGAGACCAGCUCAGGAACCAAAGCUGCAGGAUCAUCAGCUGAGGCAUCGGGUGUGAGUAUCACAGAGAAAGAGAAACUCUCUGUAGAUGAACAUUGGCCUGCACUGAUCCAGAAGGUAGCAACAAUACCAGCUAUUAAACAGCUGCUUUUGGAAACUCUGAAUGAUUUGAAUAAAGAGGAGCUCUGUGAAUUCAGUCGGUCCCUGAAGUGGUUUUUCUCCCAGAAGAACCUCCCAGACAGCCCAUGGAUGUGGAUUGACCCAGAAGACAGAGAACUAAUAGUGGAUCUGAUGUUGGAGAUUUACGGCCAGCAGUCUGUAGAGGUGACCAGGGAUGUGUUCAUGGUAAUGAACCGGACUGAUCUGGUGCAGAGGCUGUCAAAGCCCAGCUCAGGACUCAAAGAGAAACACUCUGUGGAUGAACAUGGACCUGCACUGUCGGAGAGAGUGAGUCUGACUUUACACAUUACAGCUUUCAUUCAAUAG